UAACUGUUGUUCAGGAUAUUUAAUUAUCACUAUAAAUACAACUCUAAUUUACAUUAUUGUAAGAAACAUCAAAUAUCUUUAUUACUUUAAGUUUCACAAUCAACAUCUACAUCUCUUCUAAACUCAUACUUUGCAAACAAAAUGGCAAGCAACCAACAAACUCAAGAAAUUAGCCACAAAGCCAAUGAGGCUGCUACCCAAGCUCAGGAGAAGAGUGAAGGAGUUAUGGCCCAAGUCAGCAGUGCAGCAUCAGGAACUGCUCAACAAGCCUCUCAGAUUCUUCAACAGACAGGGGAGCAAGUGAAGAGCCUUGCAACAGGAGCAGCUGAAACAGUAAAGAGCACUUUGGGAUUAAACAACACCAGUGAUGCAGCAGGCAGCAACCCUACUGCUGGCACCGCGGCCGACACCACCACCACCCCAAGCAAUACACCAAGCACCACCCCAAACAAUGCACCCAGCAACGCGUCCCCUGCCAAUCCAAAGAAUUAAAUUUCCAAUAUGGGUUUUGGAUUUUGGUUCUAAAAUUAGUCCAUAUACACUCUUUUGUUUCAUUUGUAGUUAACUAUGCCCAGAAUUUGGCAAAUAAAAAAAAUAUGGACUAGGUAUGCUUUUUUUAUCUUUCUUUAUUGCAUGAGAAUUUUCUCAUAUAUAUAUAUGUAGUUUUUGUUUCCUGAGUCUCAAAAGAGGCUCUCUGAAGGAAUUAUAAGAUUGUACUCAGUUAAUUAUUUGAUUUAAAUUAGAAUCAAAUGAUGAUAAUUCAGAGAAGAUUAAUCUUUCUUGAGUCUUGAGCUACAUGCAUGCAUUGAUCAAUCUCCUCUUUCUUUUCUUUCA